AAUGCAAUUCAUAGAGAUUUACAUUCUGGAAACAUAUUACAUUCUGCAAGAAGUUAUAGGUUCUUUAUUAGUGAUCUUGGAUUUUGUGGCCCUGCAGAUAAACCAUUAAAAAGUAUAUAUGGAAAUCUUCCUUAUAUAGCACCUGAGGUUAUAGCUGGAAAACAGGCUACAAAAGCAUCUGAUAUUUAUAGUUUUGCUAUGCUUAUGUGGGAAAUUUCAUCUGGACAACCACCAUUUUUUAAUUGCAAACAUGAUUAUGAUCUUAUAUUGAAUAUUAUUAAUGGUAUAAGACCAAGAAUAGUAUCAGGAACUCCUUUAGAAUAUGAAAGUUUAAUGAAACAAUGUUGGGAUGCUGAUCCAUUAAAAAGACCUGAUGCUCAUACACUGCAUAUUAAAUUGAGAGAAAUUAAUUUAUAUUAUCAAAAAAAAUCAAAUGAACCAACUCAAUUGGAAAUAAAUAAAAAUUUUGAAACAAAUAAAACAAGUAGUUUUAAAACAAACUACGCAAGUAGCAAAUUAUCUACAAGUAAAGUUCAUCAAUUUGGAUUUUUUCCUGAACCGAAAAAUGCAACAGAAGCAUUUUAUAGUAAAUCAUAUGAUGUCUUUCAAAUUCCUGAUAAUAUUGAUGAUUUUAAUAAUUCAAGUUAUUGGAAAAAUAAUAGUACAUCAAAAAUGAGUAGUAUUAUUAAAGCUAAUAGUAAAGACGCUCAAAAUGAUCAUGAAAUUGAAACAAUGCAACAACAGAUUAAGAAUAUCAAUCUUAAAGACGAAAAUGAAAUACAUAAUAAUCCAAAUCUUCAUUCAGAAGAACAAGAUGAAUCGGAAAUUCCUGAUAGUAUUUAAUAUUUUAAAUUUUAUAUGAUGUUAAAUUACUAAAUUU